CUCAAGAGACUAAAUAGACCAACCCUUAAUUAAGCCCUCCUUGUCUGAAAGGAAAAUGGUGAGCUCUCGUGUGAUAUACGUCCUAGUCACGAUUCUCCUGGUCGUGACCGUUGCCGCGACUGUCGAAGCCGGAGGCUACGAAGACACGUUGGGAUUCGUGUCCUCUAACUGUAGAGGAUCAAUCGCAGAUUGUAUAUCGGAAGAAGAAGAGUUUGGACUCGACUCUGAGAUCAGCAGGCGCAUUUUAGCCUCGAAGAAGUACGUAAGCUAUGGUGCGAUGAGGAAGAACAAUGUUCCUUGUUCUAGACGCGGCGCAUCUUACUACAACUGCCAACGUGGCGCUCAGGCUAACCCUUACAGCCGCGGCUGCAGCACAAUCACGAGGUGUAGACGUUGAAAUUUGAAUCUCCUGUUUUACUAUUUCGUUUUUUGUGUUGUUUGUGUUUCUGUCUUAUAUACAUAUUUUUACGUAUUUCACCUACGGAGACGUAUGUGAUGGUUUCGUUGUUAAACAAAUUAUUAUGCAUGUGUUUAUCUAUGCUCUUCGUUGUGUGAGUACAUUUGAUUUGGAAUCUCGUUGAUUGAAAUAGUUAUUUGCCUACCUUAAA